AGUUUUGUAGCGUCGUACCGCGUCUGAUCCCGUGUGCGUCGCUCUUGUGUUGAUACGUGAAGGUCAACUGCCGUCAGACAAAGUGUCACGUGGGGUCGUGCCCCGUUCAGUGCGCGCCCAGCAGUUAGGCCCCGUUCAACAACGGCACGAAAACGGUAGCGGAUCUUCCGGAACAUUCCACCGUCGCGUCUGCUGCUUCCACAAUGCAAGGGAACGCGACAUCUGACAACCAAGGAGUUCGAAUUUCAAGGUGACGCGCGACAGAGGUCGUCCCCCGGGUGAGAGUGCUUGCUCGAGACUCGCCGGCCGCGAUGGGCAGCUGACCCUCGACCCGCCGUGACCCGCGCCAUGUCGGCCACACGCGUGCUCGCCAGGACCUGCUGCCGCCGCUCCGUGCUGCUCAAGGCCGCGCUGCUGGUCUUCACGGCCUGGCUCACCGUCGCCUUCAUGAUGUACCUGGAGGAGCGCGGCGCCGCCCCAGGUGCCGGCGACGAGGAGGCGGCGGCUCCGGCUGCUCCGGCGGCGGCGCUGCGGCGGGAGGAGGCGGCCGCCCCCGCCCGGGAGUCGCGGCCCGCCCCCGGGGGCGCCGGCCCGGAGGACGGCGUGGGCGGAGUGCUGGUGCCCCCCAGGGACGCCGAGAGAGACGACCCCGCAGCAGCGCCGCGCUACGGCGAGAUGGGCAAGGCCGUGGUGCUGCCGGCCAACCUCAGCGCCGAGGUCAAGAAGCUGGUGGACGACGGCUGGCAGAAGAACGCCUUCAACCAGUACGUGAGCGACCUCAUCUCCGUGCACCGCAAGCUGCCGGACCCGCGCGACCCCUGGUGCAAGGAGCCGGGCCGCCACCUGAAGGACCUGCCGCAGACCUCGGUGAUCAUCUGCUUCCACAACGAGGCGUGGUCCGUGCUGCUGCGCACAGUGCACUCCGUCAUCGACCGCUCGCCGCCGCACCUGCUCAAGGAGAUCAUCCUCGUAGACGACUACUCCGACCUGCCGCACGUGAAGCAGCAGCUGGAGGACUACAUGGCGGGCUACCCCAAGGUGAAGAUAGUGCGCGCCACCAAGCGGGAGGGGCUGAUCCGCGCCCGCCUCAUCGGCGCCAAGUACGCCACGGCGCCCGUGCUCACCUACCUCGACUCGCACUGCGAGUGCACCACAGGGUGGCUGGAGCCGCUUCUCGACCGCAUAGCUCGCGACUCCACGACCGUGGUGUGCCCCGUCAUAGACGUCAUAGACGACACCACUCUCGAGUUCCACUGGCGGGACUCGGGGGGCGUGAACGUCGGUGGCUUCGACUGGAACCUUCAGUUCAACUGGCACGCGGUGCCGGAGCGCGAGCGCAAGAAGCACCAGAGCCCGGCGGAGCCCGUGUGGAGCCCCACGAUGGCGGGCGGCCUCUUCAGCAUCGACAAGGCCUUCUUCGAGCGGCUGGGGACCUACGACAGCGGCUUCGACAUCUGGGGCGGCGAGAACCUGGAGCUGUCCUUCAAGACGUGGAUGUGCGGGGGCACGCUGGAGAUAGUCCCGUGCUCGCACGUGGGGCACAUCUUCCGCAAGCGGUCGCCGUACAAGUGGCGGUCCGGGGUGAACGUGCUCAAGCGCAACACGGUGCGGCUGGCCGAGGUGUGGCUGGACGACUACGCCAAGUACUACUACCAGCGCGUGGGCAACGACCUGGGCGACUACGGAGACGUGUCCUCCCGUAAGGCCCUGCGUAAGAAGCUGGGGUGCAAGUCGUUCAAGUGGUACCUGGAAAACAUCUACCCGGAGCUGUUUGUGCCGGGCGACGCUGUGGCGUCGGGAGAGGUGCGCAGCCUGGGCGCGGGGGGCAAGACGUGCCUGGACUCGCCGGCGCGCAAGGCUGACCUCCACAAGGCCGUGGGGCUGUACCCCUGCCACAAGCAAGGAGGGAACCAGUACUGGAUGCUCAGCAAGUCGGGCGAGAUACGGCGAGACGAGGCGUGUCUCGACUACGCGGGCCAAGACGUCAUCCUCUACCCCUGCCACGGCACCAAGGGAAACCAGUUCUGGCAGUACAAGCCAGAGGCGCUGCUGAUCCAGCACGGCAGCAGCAAGAAGUGCCUGGCCAUCUCCGAGGGCAAGCAGAAGCUGCUGAUGGAGGAGUGCGACGCCGGCAACUCCCGGCAGCAGUGGAAGUUCGCCAACUUCAACGCCUCCAAGCUGGCGUAGAGGAGGGGGGCGGCCGGCCGUCGGGACUCGCCCCCAGCUCUCGUCAAACGAGUAUGUUCUGCUUUGUGCCAUGGAUGGGGAUGACAGAUGACAAGUGGACAGGUGUGGCCUCUUCGCUGCUCUUCUGGCACGCAGCGCGAGAAACCCCCCACCCCCCUCCACCUCGAGCUGACGCACGCGUGCGUCACGCAACCACCUGCACUACCAACUUUACAGACAUGAUGUGUCGGACAGAUCUCGCCAGAUUCGUCCGCAGACGAGUUUGUUUUCUGUUGGGGAUGACGCUGGUAUUUGUACUUAAAAAAAACUGUAACCACCCCCCUCCCCUGCCCUAGAGUGAUAACUUUGAUGUUAAUCUUGUCAGCUCCUAUUUCAGUGUUGGUGGUGUUGCCACCACAAAGUGAUUCACUGCGGUACGCUACGUACUUAAGACUGACACAUAUCAUCGUGACUAGACGGUAAUAAGCACAAACAAUUUUUUUUUUUUUUUUAAAAAAUCAGAUGUGUACCUUCCUGCAAUUGAAAAUGUUCCAGCGCGUGUGAUACAGAUGUACUAAAUAUAGAUCAUAUGAACUGCUUUUUUGGCAGAACAUUGUUAUAAAUGUAGUGAGUGCUCCUGUGUUAUUAAGUUCCACUGUAAGUUAUAUAGUACUUCUUUGUUAGUGUUGGGCGUUGUGUUAUUGAGGCAAGCUGAGUUAUGGAGCUACUCAGAAUGAAAUUAUUAAUUAUGUUGUGAUUUUUUUUUCUUUGCUCUCCAUAAACCCUAUUUCAAUGGUAAGUUUUGUUGUAUUUUAUAAUUUACUUAGAUUUUAAUUGUUAAUAGAUUUUUUUCUGUUAUUAAUUAUCUUGUUGCAUAAAAAAAACAUGUAUGUUUGGAUUUUCAGAGCGUAAUUUUAUGAAGCAUUACAAUGGUUUAGCUUGAAUCCACUACAGAUUCCAAAAUCGUAGUAGCUUCCACGUCUUUUCGAGCAGUUGUUAUGCCGUCGGUUGAGGGCACACGAUGUUGAAUGAACACAAGCGUAGUUUGUAGUACAACUCCUCAUCAACUGGCCAGUAUAUACUAUUUUUAUUGUUCACAAAUGCACGGUGUUGACAGAAAAUGCAAGAACCGUAGUCGGAUGGCUUGCCGUGUUCUGGCUUGGCUGUCUGUGAUGCUCCCUAACACGUAACCCUUUGGUGCUGCCUUUUUGGCACGAGACGUGUGUGCGAUGGAAACGAUACCAUUCGAGUAACUUACAAAUAGCCUGCAACUUCGAUGGGCGCUCUUCAUUCUCGGAAGAGCCGGAAGCUGUCAACUUAGACCGCUAGAUCAAGGUCAUUUUACUAGAUCCUAAACUUUCUCGUCCAAAGGAAACCCAUCAUAUCAGAUGUUGAACGUUUUUUUUAAGGGGAUAUUCAUUAAACAACAUAUCUUCAUUUAAUGUGUCAAAAAAAAACAUUGUUUUAGUUUAGAUAGGUUUAUAGUAAUAUUAAAUUCAUAUUUUCACUGUAGUUUUUUUUAAUCGCCAAUUUAAAAAAAAAUUAUUAUCUUUGAAUCACUAUAAGAAAAAGUUCUUUACAAUUGAUUGAUUUGGAUUAUCAUUGUUAGUGUAAUAUAUUUUUGUUAAUUUUUUAUUAAUGCAAAUUUUAUAGAUAUUGUGUGAAAUAUUAUUCUUUGUUACUCUGCUAUGUAAUCAUCCAAUUUCUUAACAGUAUAAUCAUAUGCUGACCUGCCUAUAUUAUCAGUGGCAGCAUUUGGGAAUAACAUCAUUAUUAUUACUUAAGAGGCUAUCACAUAUUUAAAUUUAACCUUUCAGAGUUCCAAAUGAAAAAUUAAAUAAUGCAGCUGAAACGUAUGUAGUUGCAUUAGUACUCACAUAUCACAAUAUCAAUGAUCUUGCAAAGAACAUUAAGUAUAUCUGAACGUCUUAAAACUGUUCUUACACCAAAUAUUUAAAUGAGUUUGAAAAAAAAUGUUGUUGAAUGUAAUUAUUACAAUAUUGCAGCAUUGUUAAUUGGGAUGUGUUAAUAAUGAUUAUAUUACAAACACUGCUCAAGUACAAAUUCCCCCCCCCCCCCCCCUUUUUCUUUUUACUAUAAAAAAUGUAAUAUUAGCCUGUAUAAAUAGUUUUGCUCAUGACGGUAGAAAACUGUCCUUAAAACAUGAUUUUCAGGAACAUUUUUUUUUUAUGUGUAGCAUGUUGUGGUCCAGUAUUGGAGUGUGAAUCAUAUAGGCGGGUACAUAAAGAUAUCUAAACAUCAAUUGCAGCAUAAAUGUUUUUCAUGACUAUAGAACAUUUUGGUACCUACAUUAAUAGUCAUUAGUCUCAUGUAACAGAUGCGUUAAGCACUCAUCAGUUUCAAAAAUAAAAACGAAAACUUUUUUUUUUUUUUUUUUUUUUUACUGAUUAGACUUGCUACGUAUUUCACACUACCAUCCUAGUAAUAAUAUGGUAAUACUUGAUUGAAUUUUAUUGUAAUUUGCAUUUAUGUCACUAAAUUACCACUAUAAUUAAAAGAAAAUAUUGAAUUUCAGUAUUAUCAAAUUAGUAAAAUGAUGUUUUACAUUAAUAGAUAGUUUCUACAAAUAGGUUUAAUUACAAAUGUCUCUGUGACUCUUUGAUCACUGAAGCUCUACAAUUUUUGUAAUAGUUCUGACCAGUAACAUUAAUCAUGCAUUCACCCUGUCAUGAUGUGGUGUGAUAGGAAUUAAGAACCGUGAGUUUUUGUUGAAGCACGGCUGGGUUCGGAUUGCAUGACGGAAUGAACAGAUCUGCAGUAGUAUCUGACGCCUUGAAAAUAAUGACCAGUGCUCGUCUCUGCAACUCGUUAAUGAGGCCUGCGUGUGGGGCCACGCCCCCACGUCUCCGCUGUCUCCUUCGGAGCUCUGAAGCUGCCCCGCGCUGCGAGACACAAGCGCUCGCUCGGACACGUCCCAGAGAGACGUCUUCGGUGUCUCGUGCACCCGCCCCUUGAAGUAGCGCUCUGACUCGUUACAGGAAAACAGAAUGAUUAUCAAAACAGUCAAAAACUUUUUUUUUCCUGUAAGAGUCUACGUUAAUCAAAAUAACUUGUUUUUCCAAUCAGGAAGGUGUGCCUGCUGACUACCAUGUUAAUCAAGACACUGCUCCUGUUAAAAUUAAUUUGUAGUACAAGUACAUUUGAAGUAAACUUCAAUAAGUGUUGAAUAACAUUUUGAAACUAAACUACUUGAAAUAAUAAUUUUAAAAAAAUAAAUAAAAAUUAAAUAACUUGGGUUAACAUUCGUAAGUAAGAGCUAACAACUUCUUGAGUUACAAAAUAAUCACGUUAUUAAUAUAGGAGAUGUAUUUCAGUUCUAAUAAGAUUUUAAAGAGCAUAAACUUAAAGUUUUUAUAUUAUUAGAAAGAUCGUUUAACCUGUUCACUUAAUUCCCAAUAUUUUUGUUUACUAAAUGUGUGUCUGCCAUGAAUUUCCACUAGCGAAUUUGUCACUAGCACAUCCUCAUAGAAGUGAGGUAAACUAGCCCUGAAAUCUUCUAGCUUCACUCUCCACAGAUGCUGCUGACAGGCCGGAUGUUGGCUGAACACACGAGUGUCGUCGAAGAUAAAUACACAAUGAAGGAAGCGAAUUGCCAUCAAAGAAAGAGCAAAAUAUUGUUUGUUGAUUCACCACAUUACUAAUUUGUUGCGUUGUAUUUAAUGCUACACAAGUGCUAUUGCCAUUGUGCAUGCACAGAAAUAAAAAUUCACGUAAAAGAAAACAGCGCUACUUACAAUCAUGCCGUAAUUUAUUGGCGUCUUUCUUCUAAACUGCACAAAUCGAACAGCGACACUUAGAGGGGCGGAUGUGUCUCGUAACCAUUUAAUGAGCACGAUAUUAACUCAUCAAGUGGUCAUUUUCAUGUGCAAAUAUUCUGGCCCAAUGCUGCAUUUUAUUUGCUGCUCAACAUUCCUUGAUUGGCAUAAUGUUCCAUGAUUCCAUAUUAUAAAGAAAAAAAAAUUCACCAAAGUCAAGUUUCCAUAUUCUGGUUGGUAUCAGUUAAACAAUUUGAAAUACUAUUUUCCGAUUAAAAUUUAGCAUAUCAGCUGCCAUAAGUCAUAUCCUGAAGGAUUUGUGAUGCUAUGAACUAAACAGCUUACCUAAUUGAAAUAUUGAUUCUAAAACUGAUUGCCACUGGCUGUUAUGGCAUUAAUAAAAAGAAAAGUAAAAAUUUUAAAAUUCUUACGUCAAUUCAUCCUUUAUUUUUUCCGGCAGGUGAGGUUAAGUGUAGCACGUCUAAAGAAUCAUUACUAAAGUGAAUGUUUUGUUUGGUUAGGUUACUAAAGUGUUCUAUAGUUAAAUUUGUUCUUCAGGAUAACAUAAAAGUGAAUAACUACUAUAAUUAUUGGUUCAUUAGCUCAAUAUUUUUAAUUAUAAACCAACCAGUGUUAUGUUAAAUAACACCGGCCAGUAGUAUGAUUUCGGAAGGCUUCAUUUGAACAGUUUACGGAUUGCAUGAGUUAGUACAUAUCAAGGACACAAAUAUUGUGAUUAUUCCAAACUUAUGGUCUGCAAAAAAAAAAAAAAAUGGUAAAAAUAACUUUGUUGAUUGUGCCCAAACACUGUGUAGUAUUCCAUAGAAAUAAAAAAUUUCAUUUCAAAAGCUUCCUUUCAAAAUACUGUUUGCUGUAAAACCAUGUACUUGAUACAUAAAACCACAAUUGUUGACUGAUGUUUACAUGUAGUAUGUUGUUAUUUCAAGAUUUGUAAAAUUUAUUUAAACAUGUACUGUACAUAUUUAGUAGUGUUAUGACCUCAAAGAGAAUACCCUCAAGUUGUGGAAAUAAUUUAUGGUUAAAAUAGUGUAAUGAACGAGUUUCAUAUCAUGGUAAAGUUGUCAGAUAAGCAUUUCUGUAAAAUAGUGUGUAUUUAUUUUUCGUCCAAAAUAUGCCUUUGUGAACGUAUUUAUGGCAAAUGCAUUUUUCUUUGUGUGUGAUGAUCGUUAAAUAAUGUUUUUUUUUUUUGUUUAUAAGUUCUGUUAAAUGUUAAGAACAUAACCAACUGGUUGUUUUACUAAAUAAGCACUUUUAACACUUUAUUCCCACUUAUACCAGGUACCACAGCUUUGAAAGAUUGAAACUAUUCUUAGCUGGUGAGCACCGUUACAGAAUACAAAAAAAAAAAAUUCACUUGAGUGUGCAUGUAUGUGUUUUUCUUUUAAUAGUGGUUCUGGAAAUGUAAUAGUUAUUGUGUUAUCGUUGAUUUUUUAGCUGGGUGUUGUUCAUUAUUCUAUUAAAGCUCCCGUGAUCUUAUCGUCGAGACAGAUGGAAGUGCGAAGCAAAGCAGGCGUUCGUACCAGCAGUUGUUCCCUCGAUGGUUGAGUCACGCGGCUAUAGACUGUCCAUGCAAUAGCCCGUCUGCUCCAGAGCUGCUACAGGCUCGUUCCACUUGGCUUCUGACAGACAAGCCGUCCAGGGAUUCGGUCGCCAUACAUCCCACGUCUGGCUAGGCCUGUGCGAAACUUCGAAUAAGGGAAUCAAUCGAAGCUCUUUUCAAAAUAUGAUUCGACUCUGGCUGGGAAAUUUGCUAUUAGUUUUAUUUGAAGCUUCGGUUGUGAUGCGAAGCUUUGUGUUUGUUGCUUUUGAACAUCAAAAGCCCCAGAUUCCCCCCAUGAAAUAUAUUUGUGAUGGUUACUUAAAAAAAAAAAAAAAAGAACUCUGCUUUUAUGAAUGUUCAAAAUUAGUACUAUUCAUGGUUAUUGUAUAAUUUUUAUUGAAUGAUGUUGCAUAUAGGGCCCAAUUGCUCAAUCACUUAAUCAGUUCAAACAUUACAAACAUUAAACGACUAUUUUUUUUUUUUUACUUAAAUCCUGCAUUUUGUAAAAAUAAGUGAAAUACAGAUUUGCAGAGAACCAUAUCCGCAAUCUUAUUCAACUUCGUGAAUUUUUUGAACAUCCUAUUUGAUAUUCGCUUUGCACCAAAAAAACUAUCAUUCGCACAGGUCUAUACCUGGCGGCAAUCCAAACCUGGCUAUCAGAGGCGUACGCAACGGGGAAUUGGGGGAUAUAUCUCCCCCUGAAAUCCUAAAUAUAUAUCGUUCCCACCAAAAAAAGGAAUGAAUUUGAAAAUAAAACAGGGGGAAAAGUGGGUCUAUAUCCCCCCCUCCCCGCCAAUUCUCCCCGCGAAAAUGAAAUUCUAUGUACGCUCCAGCUAGCUAUUGUCCUCUUUCAUCGCUUCUUAACACUCCCUGGAACCAUUUCCUCAAUCCAUUUUCUUCACAUGAUAAAACCAUUUCUACCACAGACUGUUGAUUCUCUCUAGAAUCAAAUGUUUCCUUUAACAUAUCAGUUUCUUUGUGGCAUGGAAGGCAUGUUGUUUGCAGUUGUAGUUUUACAGAAACAGGAGUUGUGAUUUAGGGCAUUUUGAACAGUUCAUUAUUUUAACCUGUUAGCCCCAUUUAAUAGACUAUUUCAUGUUUAUUGAUCUGGGAUAGUACAUCUAACCUAAAUGGUAUUAGCCGGGGCACGAUUCUUAUUGAGUUGCAAUAGCAGGGCAGAAUUAUUUUUCCCUUUCGAAAGCUUGCAGAUGUCAGCCAAUUACAGUUUGUGGCAGAUAGUUGUUAGUGUUAUUUUUGUUGGAUUUUUUUUUUUUGGUCGCUGUGUGAACGGAUGAAGUGGUGUGCUCGUUAAAACAUGUUUUUAGGUGGGAAAAGUGUAUGACGACUUGUGCCUUACAUACAGUGUAAACUUGAUGUCUGUGAAUAAACCUUCUGUACGAAA